CGCCUUUAAAAAAACUAAACUACCUCAUUCCCUUUUCCAAAACUGAUUUGCAAUCACUGAACAAUUCUUUGACAUUUACUUUAUUCUUAUUCGAUGACAAAAUUAAAUUAAAAAUUAAAAUCAUUAAUUCGACAAAAAACAUUGGCUUUGUGUAUUCUCCAAAGGCCUAAAAUCAGCCAAAUACCCUAUGUGGGUCGGCUUAAUCAGUAAAACGUGACAGUAGUUGACUUUUGAGGUUAAUAUAUCGGUCUUGAGCUGGUACGGCUUUUAAAACAUCCGCAGCUUCCUUUAAAGCAUCGCUGCUAAUUGCUGAGAGGACCAGAUUAUAUUUCCGGACAUAAGAUGUGGUCUUGUACGACUGAAGGUGGCCUCAAUUUGUAGAAACCAUUUGUUUGGCAUCUCAGUUCAGAACGGUCGCAGCUUGCAUUGCGAUACAAGCUCCACAUCUUUAGUUGGCAUUUUGUUCGAUGAAAUAUUUUCCCCAUCCGUCGAUGCGCCCUUUUGUCGACUCCGUCAUGUUGUAACGACUCGGGGUCACCACUAAUUUUUUGAUGGCGAAAUUUUUAACAAAUUCACACUUGAGCGCAAUUGGAAUCCAUAGCAAUAGCUAAAUUGGACAAUGAACGAAACAGCAGCAGCUACUUCCUCCUCGUCGACGUCGUCGGCAGCGGCGGUUGCAGAUAGUGCCAGUGCAGCAGCAACCACUAAAACUGCAAAUGCUGUUGGAGCAUCAGUGGCUGGGGCGGGUAAUGCAGCGGCAGCAACUACCUCUACAACAACAGCAGCAAAAUCAACAAGUGUGAAGCUUCUAAUUAAAGCAUCAAAUCAACAAUAUGAUGAUCAAGUUCUCGAAAUUGACUUGCUAUGGACGGUAAAACGGCUAAAAGCACACUUAGCACUGGUGUACCCUAAUAAACCGGUAAGUAUUGAUUGUGUUUUUAACGAAAAAUUCCAAAUCACUCAACAUUAAAAUGAUAAUUAAAUG